AUGUCCCAAGAAAAACUCAGGGUUAUUAUUGCGGGAGCUGGCAUUGCCGGCCUUUCUGCGGCUAUUGCGUUGAGGCGUCUCCCUUACAUUGAUGUUGAGUUGUUCGAGCAAGCAACCGAGCUCCGCGAAAUUGGUGCUAGUAUUGCCUUAAGCCCAAAUGGCCUUCGCUCUCUCGAAAAACUUGGAGUACUCAAUGCUCUCGAUGACGAUACUGCUUUCCGCGGCCCUUCUGGGGUCCCUAUGAUUUACAGACACUGGAAGACGAACGAGGUCAUACACCAAGAGUACUUUGCCGACGUUCGCCUUCGCCGACACGAAACAGCCAGAUUUCAUCGUGGCCACUUGCAUGCAGCACUACUGGAACAUGUUCCGUCGGACCUUAUCCAUUUGGAUAAAAUGGUAGCCUCUGCGGAUGCAUCACAGCACGGGGUCACUCUUCACUUUGCCGAUGGAACAUCUGCAAAAGGUGAUGUAUUGAUCGGCGCGGAUGGAAUCCAUUCGAAAGUCAGGAAGUCAUUCGUUCCCAAUCACCAACUGGUUUCCACCGGUAAGGUCUUUCUGCGGUCGACAUUCGACGCCUCUCUUGUAGCAGAUAUCCCAAACCUACCAUUGGAUUCCGCGCAUUGGUUGGGACCAAACGAGAACUUCUUCGCCUCUCGGCUAGGCAAAGGUCAAUAUACAACCGUCGGCAACUUUGACGUACCUGUCAAUGCAGAUGGUAGGGUUAAGGAUGUGCAAUGGAAUGCCGAGGAAAAUGUCGAUGUGUUACGGGAGCGAUAUAAGGACUGGAACCCCGUGGUAAAGGCCUUAGUAGAUGCAACCCCUUAUACACGAAUAUACCCCAACUAUGCUGGCAAGCCGCUUUCAACUUGGGUGUUCGAGUCAAGGGCGACGUUGGUUGGUGACGCAGCACAUACUCAUGGUGGUGCGUUCGCUGCCGGAGGCUCGUUAGCUCUUGAUGACGCGUAUGCGUUGUUUCUUGCAUUCCAGCAUGUUUUAGGAUCGUCCAGAACACAAAAGCCAGAAACAGAGGAGCUCAAUACAUCACUGAAACUGUACGACGAGACUCGACGGCCACAUACUGAAAAGCUCUUGGAAAUCGUCCUCAAAGGGAUCGGAGCUCAGACGACGAACACGGACUGGGAAGAAGGUUUGCUAAAAAGAGUAAGGAACAAGCCAAACAUGACAUGGCUUUCAGAGCAUGAUGUGGAGAGGACAUUCCAGGGUGUUAUACAGAAGGACUCUCCCGGAAGUAAGCUCUGA